UGUUAUGCUUUUUCUUCUUUUCCUAUUUCAAUUUGGUGAUACAGCAGUAAAUAAAGCAGCGAAGGCUUGAUCUGAAGAAAUUCAUGGGGGAGGAGAGGAAGUUAUGCCCACGUGGGCAUUGGAGGCCUGCAGAAGACGAGAAACUGACACAACUCGUUCAACAGUUCGGCCCUCAGAACUGGAACUCCAUCGCACAGAAACUGCAGGGUAGAUCAGGGAAAAGCUGCAGGUUAAGGUGGUUCAACCAACUAGACCCUAGAAUCAACCGAAGACCAUUCACCGAAGAAGAAGAAGAGACACUCGUUACUGCCCAUCGCUUCCACGGCAACAAAUGGGCUCUCAUAGCUCGUCUUUUCCCCGGCCGGACCGACAAUGCCGUCAAGAACCAUUGGCAUGUUAUCAUGGCCAGAAGGCAACGACAAAAGUCCAAGUUUUUCCUCACCAAGGAAUGUUAUCAAAACCAAAUUUUUAGUACUCAGUUUCAUAAUUUUAACUAUGAUUUUGGUUUAAUGGAGAGCUCUGAUCAUCAUCGACAGGCUCAAAAGCUCUCUAACUCAUCCAAUACUUAUUGGAGAUUUGGUGGGUUGGAUGAGCAUAAUCAGGAAGAGAAAGAUGAUGAUGGAAGUGUGAAGAGUAAGGGUGUUGCUUACAUAGAUUUUUUAGGCGUGGGUAAGGAUUAAUUA